AUGGCCGCCGCCUCGUCCCGCUCCUCGUCCUCCAGCCCGGAGGCCGCCGUGCCCGAGCCCAAGAAGCUCCGAGUGGUCCGGCCCAAGGGCCCCAGAGCCGCGGCCGGGACGCCCCCGCGGACGCCCCCGCAGCCGCCCCGCCUCCCCCGGCGGCUGCCGCGGACGCCCCCUCGGCCGGCGCGGCUCCCCCCGCCGCGGUUGCCCCGGACGCCCCCGGGGCCAUCUCGGCCGCCCCCGCAGUGCCCCCUGGCGCCCCCGCCGUGGCUCCAGUCGCCCCCGCAGUGCCCCCUGGCGGUCCCGCCGUGGCCCCGCUCGCCCCCGCGGUGGCCCCUGGCGGCCCCGCCGUGGCUCCAGUCGCCCCCGCAGUGCCCCCUGGCGGCCCCUUGGUGGCCCCGCUCGCCCCCUUGGUGGCCCCCGGCGGCCCCGCAGUGCCCCCUGGCGGCCCCGGAGCCGCCCCGGACGCCCCCGCAGCUGCCCCUCGGCGCGACGGACGCGCUGCUGGACGCGCUGCUGCUGCCCGGGAGCCUGGCCCUGCUGCGCCGCCGCCCGCGGGACCCGGCCGCCUUCGCCGCGGCGUCGGCCGUCCUGGCGCGCCGGGGCUUCUGGCGCAGCCCCGCCCAGUGCGAGCUCCUCGCCGACGCGCUGGUCGCCCGACACCGCCGCCGCCGGGCCGGGGCCGCCAGCCCCGGACGCUUCGGACACCGGCUGGACCGGCUGCUCCGAGAGACCCGGCCCGAGGCCCCGGACGAAGCCGCGCCGCCGCCCGGAGCCCGGCUCCCCGACGUCCGGACCCCCGUCAUCGGGCUCCUCAGCCCCCGCACCCCCGACCCGCGGUCGCCCGGCCCCCGGCUCCCCGCCCUGCGGACCCCCGGACCUCGGGCCUCGGACGCCCGGGCCUCCGACGCCUGGCCCUCUGAUGUCCGGACUCCUGGAACCCAGCCCUCCGACGUCCAGCCCCCCGACGACCGGUUCCCCAGCGCCCGGCGUUUAGAUGUGCGGCCCCUCACUGCCUGGCCUCCCGACGCCCGGCCCUCCGACGUCCAGCCUCCCGGCGCCCGGCCCUCCGACGUCCAGCCUCCCGGCGCCCGGCCCUCCUACGUCCAGCCUCCCGGCGCCCGGCCCUCCGACCUCCAGCCUCCCAGCGCCCGGCCCUCCGACGUCCAGCCUCCCGGCGCCCGGCCCUCCUACGUCCAGCCUCCCGGCGCCCGGCCCUCCGACCUCCAGCCUCCCAGCGCCCGGCCCUCCGAUCUCCAGCCUCCCGGCGCCCGGCCCUCCAACCUCCAGCUUCCUAAUGCCCGGCCCUCCGACGUCCAGCCUCCCGGCGCCCGGCCCUCCGACGUCCAGCCUCCCGGCGCCCGGCCCUCCGACGUCCAGCCUCCCGGCGCCCGGCCCUCCGACGUCCAGCCUCCCGGCGCCCGGCCCUCCGACGUCCAGCCUCCCGGCGCCCGGCCCUCCGACGUCCAGCCUCCCGGCGCCCGGCCCUCCGACACCGGGCCCUCUGAUGCCCAGCCCCCCGGCACCCGGCCCUCCUACAUCCAGUCUCCUAACACCCGGCCUUCCGACGUCCAGCCCCACAGCACCCAGCCCCCCAGUGCCCAAUGCUCUAACGCCCAGCCCGCCAUCAUCUGGUCCCCCGACGUUCAGCCUUUCUGCUGUGCUGGCAUUGAGGAAUGGGAACCUCAAGUUUCCUCCCUGGCCUCACCUCCUCCAGCUGCCAGUGUUCAUCAUGAACCCCAGACCCAGGUUGUGGAGUUGCUGAGUCAAGUGAGAGGACUUUCCUGGGCCAUCUUGGAACUGUUGCGAAAGAACGAACGGCUCCUGGAAGCCAUUCGGCAAACCUUGCGGUCACAGGACGGGGGGCCCCCAGGGCCCCACUCCUCUGGGAUCCCCUGAGGUCACCCUCCACACUUAAUUUCUUGUUGCCCCCUCCCCCCCCCACCGGUCUUGGUGCACCUGGCUUGGAACCUGAUGCUUUUAAUAUAUUCUGUUUUUAUAAUAAAAUGGGUUAGUUUUCAUAA